UGGACAACAUCACAGUCGGCUUCAGCAAAGACAAGAUGAAUAUUGGAGCUCUCCAUUCCAUCCUGUUGGUCCUCUCAACUGUCCACGCUUUCCAGUACAAUCAGCUGGCCCAGUACAUCGAUGAGCACCAAGAAGACUAUGUGGAGGCUCUCAGGGACUGGGUUGCGGUGGAAAGCGACUCCAGCAACGUUCUACGGAGGUCUGAGCUUCACCGUAUGAUGGAGAUGGUGGCUCAGAAGCUGCAGCAGAUGGGAGGGAGCGUAGAGUCAGUGGACAUUGGAGAGCAAGAGCUCCCUGACAAGCAGAGGUUGGCCUUGCCUAAAGUGGUGACAGCUCAGUUUGGCACUGAUCCUACGAAGCACACGCUGUGUGUCUACGGUCACGUGGACGUCCAGCCAGCAAAGCUAGAGGACGGCUGGGCAACAGAUCCCUUUAACCUGACAGAAAUCAACGGAAAUCUGUACGGACGAGGAGCCUCAGACAACAAGGCCCCUGUUUUAGCCUGGAUGCACGCUGUGGAGGCUUACCAGAAACUGAGUUUGGAGCUGCCAGUUAAUGUGAAGUUUGUCAUCGAGGGCAUGGAGGAGACCGGCUCAAAUGGGCUGGAGGCCAUGAUCCUGGCCCAGAAAGACUCUUUCUUCUCAGAUGUAGAUUACAUCGUGGUCUCGGACUGUGGCUGGCUGAGUAGACGACCUGCCAUCACAUAUGGGACUAGAGGCAACUGCUACUUCUUGGCAGAGGUUCGUGGGCCUAAACAGGACCUGCAUUCUGGGGUUUAUGGAGGGACCGUGAUUGAACCCAUGAUUGACCUUAUUGGCAUUCUUGACACUCUCAUCAGCCCCAGCGGGAAGAUUCUGGUUCCUGGGAUACGGGAGGCUGUGGCUCCUCUCUCUGACGACGAGUGGAGAAUGUACCAGGACAUCGAGUUUGAUGUGGACGACUACAAGAACAAGAUCGGCGUCAGCAAGCUCAUGUACAACAACAAGGUGGACUUGUUGGCACACAAAUGGCGCUACCCCACCGUCUCCAUCCACGGGAUUGAGGGGGCUUUCUCUGACCCUGGUACUAAAACUGUCAUCCCCUCUAAAGUUUGUGCCAAGUUCUCCAUAAGACAAGUUCCCAACAUGGACCCUGCUGUGGUUGAGAAGAAGGUUUCAGAGCACCUUCAUUCAGUGUUUGCCAAAAGACAUAGCCCCAAUACCUUGACAGUUUCAAUGGUGAUUGGGGCCAAACCGUGGCUGGCUGAUAUUCAGCAUCCUCUUUAUGAGGCCGGGAAAGCAGCUGUCAAACGAGUUUUCAGUGUCGACCCUGAUCUUAUCCGUGAGGGUGGGACAAUCCCGAUUUCCAGAACCUUCCAGGACGUGACAGGAAAAAGCAUCAUUAUGAUGCCCAUUGGGGGCUUUGAUGAUGGACUACACUCUCAGAAUGAGAAAAUCAGCAGGUACAACUAUAUUGAGGGAACCAAACUAUUCAUUGCAUUUUUGAAUGAACUCUCCCAGAUUGAGAGGGCUGUUGUGUGAAUGCUGUGAAAAGCGCAGAUGUGUCUUCUAUGGAUCUUCACCUCCAGGAAAUACCGACAGCUGUCGGUGCUCUGGCCCGGUUUCUUCAGUGUGCAGCAUUUCGGUUUCACUGUGUUGCAUCAAUCUUUCUUUCUGAUACUUUUUUCAUCACUAGAUUGAACUUUUAAUCACAUUAUGGUUGCUUUCUUCAAACUCUUCACUACUAAACAUGCAGUUCAUACUUCAGCAUCAUAAAAUAAAAAUAAAAAAAAACACAAAAUUUG